AUGGAUAUAAGCACUUCAAGUUACAAUAAUAAUUAAACCUAUAGAUGUCAAAUUCCAUUUAGCGAGGAGGAGCAUAGAGUGAUCUAAAAUUUUCCUUUUAAAUCCAAUGACUCUGAAGUAGAACCAGAGAUUUUUUCAUAAUUUAGUAGAAGGUAAUUAUCAACAAAGAGAGAAUUUAGCAGCCAGGAGAGAAAUCAAAGUGAAUUUGAAAAAUCUGCUAUUAUAAUCAGUCGUUAAAACUCAAGACGUAGUUUCCAAUAAGAUACCUCUUAAUAGUAAAUCAAUACUCCUGUCAAAAGUCUUUUUCGUGCUGCACUGACUAAAAAUAUUUCAUAAUUAAUGGAUUAAAGUAUAAUACAAUCUGUAAAUAACAUGGAAGAGAUGGAAUCAAAAGUAUUUCCUGUAAAGCUGGUGAGAGUGUUAAAGCUGCUGGUGAAUGUUUAGCACUUUUACAGGAUGCUAACAAAAAAUGCAAGAAUAUUUAACAAAAUAACUUAAAAAUAGCAUGAUUUAGUCGGAGAUGUUGUAAGUGUGUACUCUAAAAAUAAAAAAAAUGUAGAAGUUCUUGAUAAAGGAAAGUUUAGUAAGUUAAUUUUCAAUAUAUUUUAUCACUUGACCCUGCUAUACUAACUGAUCAAAAUUCCUUUCUUUGCUCCUUCUGGCUUGUUAAUAAGAAUAUGGGACACUUUACUAGCAAUCCUCAUUUUAUUUUCUACUUUUUUAUUGAAUCUUUAGCUCUUUUUUACGAUGUAAAUUUAAGAGUUUAAAGUUCUCUUUUAAACUUUAUUCAUUUUAUCUAUCAUUGAUAUUUUAAUGGAGCUAAACACAGGUGUCUUAAAGAAAGGGAAUAUCACCUAUAAUAGGCAGUUUAUUAUCAAGUCAUAUAUUAAAUCUAAUUUAAUAUUUGACAUACUUGGGAAUAUGCCUUUGUUUGUUUUUGUAUUCAAUAUUGAGGUCACAACUAAUUUAUAAGUUAUGAUUAAUAUUUUGUUUAUAUUCAAAUGGACAAAAAUAUUUAAAAUUCUAAGAUGGCUUACUUUUUAUGUAAGCUAUGAAAAAAAUAAUAAGAAUGCAUUUGAUCUCUUUCGGCUUCUAUUUUUUGUGAUUGGAAUAUGCCAUAUAUUCUGUUUAUUUUGGCAUGGAUUAGGUUUAUUUGAAAUUAACAACGGAUAUACAAACAGCUGGAUUGCCAAUAAAAAUCUUUUGGAUGCAGAUAUUUUUGAAAGGUAUGUUUAUUCAUUCUACUUUUUAGCUGUUACAAUGGUAACUGUAGGGUACGGUGAUAUUACUCCUUAAAAUUCUAUAGAAGUAGUAUUUACUACUGUAACAAUUUUCGUUACUUGCAUAGUUUAUGCAUUUAGUCUUAAUACAAUAGGUAGUAUUAUCGAAAACAUAGAAAAAAAAGAUAAAAAAUAUAAAGAAAACAUGCAGGUUAUUCAUGGACUUAUGAGAGAAGAAAAUGUUUCAAGAGAUUUAAGAAUCAAAGUAUCUAAUUAUGUAGAAUAUUUAUAUAAGGAAUCAAAUGAAGUUUUAAAGAAAUAAGAAAAAUUAAUAAUAAAUAAAUUAUCAUAAAAACUAAGAAAUGAUCUAAGCUUAGAAAUUUAAGGAAAAUACUUAAGUAAUAUUCCGCUGUUCAAAAAUAUUAAAGUAAAAGAUAAAAUAUCAAAUCUUAUGGAAGAACAUUUAUAUUCUCCUGGAGAAAUCAUAUUUAAGUAAGGUGACUAGGAUGAUUGCUCUUUGUUCUAUAUUGUAAAAGGCAAAGUUUCAAUUACUUUUAUCUCAGACAGUGAAAAUUCUUAGAGGGAAGAUUUAAUUGUUUCAAGCAAAGGAAAGCAUGAAUAUUUUGGAGAAAUUUCGUUUAUAAGUGGGAAUCAAAGAACACUUACAGCUAAAGCGUCAGAUUUUUGUAGAAUCUAUAAAAUUAACAGAGAUAAAUAUAUUCAAAUAAUUAAAGAAAAUGACCAAGACUUUGAGAAUUUUUAAAUGAUUAAAGAAGCAAUCUCUCUAAAUAAUAACUAUAAAUUCUGCUCAAUAUAUUGUUCUAUCUGUCAAUCAGGAAAUCACUUUUCAAUUGAGUGUCCUAAAACUCACUUAACUUUAACAAAAUAGGUAGUCAUAUCACGUUAUAAUAAUUGUACCCCACAUACUGAACGAGCUUAAUUUGAUAGAAAAAGACAAAAAUUUAAUACUUAUUCUAGAUGCAUAUUGCUUAGAUAAGCUGUAGCUGAAAUUAAUUAGCAUGAAUCACUAUUUGAGAUUUUAGAUUAAAUAGAAUUUGAUUGCAACUUAGGUGAUAUUUUUGAUCUUGAUGAAGUUUCGGAUGGUGAGAGAGAAAAUACAUCUAAAAUUUAAAGAAUAAAAACUUAAGAUAGCCAAAAAAAAGGAAAUAACUCUCCAAUAUAAAACUAAAUUAACCAAGAAGAAACAGCUAAUGCUUCCAACGAUUUUCCAAAAGCUAAUAGAAUGAGAGUUUAUUUGCAAAAUACUGGGUCAACGAAUUCAUUAUCACCAAGAAGCAGUGAUUUAAACAAAUAUCCACAAUAGAUUCAGUAAUCUAAAAAGUCUUAAAUGUGUGUAUCUAAUUUAGAUGAACCAAAGCUUAGUGCAUCUGAUUUAAAGUCAUCAGAUGAUGAUGAAACAUCUUCAAAUUCUUCCUCUUCGUCUGAUUCAUCUAAUAGUAAAAGUAGUAGUUCAUCAGUAUCUUAAAGUGAUAAAGCAACUUUAUAAGAAAAUUCUUUUCUAAAAUCUCCCGAAAGUAGAAUCCAAAAUAAAGCUGAAUAAAAAAAAAAAAAAACUUCUAUUGCUUAUUCUCCAUCUAAAUUAAAAUAGCAUAAUAACGAGAAAGGGUUAGAUUAACAAUAAUCUAGCGUAUUUAAUUACCAAAAUACUCAUAAAUUAUCUUCAACUAACCUACAAUCAAAAAUCUAAAUAGAAUCAGCUGAUAAAAUUGAAGAAAAAAAUGUUUCUGAAUAAAAAAUUCUUAAUAAAAAUCAAGAUAAAAAUGAAUUAAUUUAGCCAUCUACUAAUAACCAUAGUUUAAGUAGUUUUUCAUUAAUUAGUAAUCAUAUAAAUAAUGAAACAAAUCAAAUCUAACAGUAAACACCAUAAAUAAAUGAUUAAAAGUCCUAAUCUUUAUUAUAAUCAAAAACGAUAAAUGCAAGGUUAUCCUCUAAAAAUAGAAUAUCGUAAUAACCAUAAGACAGAAGGACUAUUAGGGAAUCGAGAACCAUAAAUUAAUAUGAUUUAAUUUAAUAAUCUAUUUAAGCAUUUAUGAACCAACAGUAAAGGCAUAAAAGAUAAAUUACUUUUCAAGACAAAGAAAAUCAUAAAAAAUAACAACAACAACAACAACAACAACAGUCAUAUUAAUAGCAAAAUUAAUAUUCUAAAGGUCUUUCUAAUUAAGAUAAAAGAUAAUCUUCACAUAAAAAUCAUUUAGCCUCUAUAUUUUAUCCACCUUAGCUUCUAGAUGAAAAUAUUUAAAAGUUAGAAUAAAAAUUACAAGAAUUUACAGAUCCUCCUGAUUUGGUCAAUUACUAGAUGCUCUAAACUUUUGAUAAAGCUAAGAUUUAUAAGUAUUAUUUACCUAAUUACAACUAUCCUGAAAUUGUUUUAAAAUGGGUUUAAUAUUAGAAAAAGCUUCAAUUAAAACACAAUCUAUCCCGUAGAUCAUAUUAAAAGAAAAAAUAGCCAAGAGUUUAGACUAAAAGAAAAAUUACAUAAUAGAUACAUAGUACUAUUGUCUUAAAUUAAAAUGUAUAAUGA